AUGACCGCCCUGUGGGCAUCCAGUUUGCCGCCAUUUUCUUCCGUCCUUUUUUCUUUCUUCUCGUUUCUUUUAUUGUUUUUUUUUUUCUUCGCAUUUUUAUUUCGCGUUAUGUUGUUAUUUCAAUCUGUCUGUGGGUGCUCUUUCUUUCUUUCUCUCUUUCUGUCUUUCUUUCUUUCUUUCUUUGAUUUUCAUUCUUCUUUCUUCCGUCAGUUUUCUUUCUUUCUUUCUUUCUUUCUUUCUUUCUUUCCUUCUUUCUUUCUUUCUUUGAUUUUUAUUCUUCUUUCUCCCAUCAGUUUUCUUUCUUUCUUUCUUUCUUUGAUUUUUAUUCUUCUUUCUCCACUCAGUUUUCUUUCUUUCUUUCUUUCUUUCUUUCUUUCUUUCUUUCUUUCUUUCUUUGAUUUUCAUUCUUCUUUCUCCCCUCAGUUUUCUCUCUUUCUUUCAUUCUGUCUGUGGGUGAUCUUUCUUUUUUUCUUUCUCCCCUCAGUUUUCUUUCUUUCUUUCUUUCUUUCUUUGAUUUUCAUUCUUCUUUCUUCCGUCAGAUUUUUCUUUCUUUCUUUCUCCCCUCAUUUUCUUUCUUUCUUUCUUUCUUUGAUUUUCAUUCUUCUUUCUUCCGUCAGUUUUUUCUUUCUUUCUUUCUUUCUUUCUUUCUUUCUUUCUUUGAUUUUCAUUCCUCUUUCUCCCCGCGGCUUUCUUUCUUUCUUUCUUUCUUUCUUUCUUUCUUUCUUUCUUUCUUUCUUUCUUUCUCCCCUCAGUUUCAUUUCUUUUCUAACUUUUUUUCUUUCUCCCCUCCCUUUUUGCUUUCUUUCUUUCUUUCUUUCUUUGAUUUUCAUUCUUCUUUCUUCCGUCAGUUUUUUCUUUUUUUCUUUCUUUCUUUUCUUUCUUUCUUUCUUUUCUUUCUUUGAUUUUUUUUCUUUCUUUCUUUCUUUGAUUUUUAUUCUUCUUUCUCCCAUCACUUUCUUUCUUUUUUCUUUCUUUCUUUCUUUUUUGAUUUUAUAUUCCUCUUUUUCAGCUUUCUUUCUUUCUUUCUUUCUUUCUUUCUUUCUUUCUUUCUUUGAUUUUAUAUUCCUCUUUCUCCCCACGGCUUUCUUUCUUUCUUUCUUUCUUUCUUUCUUUCUUUCUUUCUUUCUUUCUUUCUUUGAUUUUUAUUCUUCUUUCUCCCAUCAUUAUUUCUUUCUUUCGUUUCUUUGUUUUUGUUUUUUGUUUUUUUGUUUCGUUUUUGUUACAUUGAUUUUGCUUUCUUUCAAACUUUCUGUUUCCCUGCAAUUUCACAUUCUUUCUUUCUUUCUUUCUUUCUUUCUUUCUUUCUUUCUUAUUGAUUUUGCUUUCUUCCGUAGUUCUUUUUCGUCGUUGCUUUCUUCCGUAAUUUCUGUUUUUUCUUCGGUUUCAAAUUUUUUCUUUCUUUCUUUGACUUGCUUCCGUUUUUUCUUUUACUCUUCGAUUCCAAGUUCUUUCUUCUUCUUUUUCUUUCUUUUUUUCUUUAUUUCAUUUUUUUUCUUCUUUCUUUCUUUCUUUCUUUCUUUCUUUCUUUCUUAUUGCUUUUUUUUCUUUUGGUUUCAAAGACCUUCUUUCUUUCUAUUAAUUCUUACUUUAUUCAAACUCUUACUUUUCCUUUUGAGUUUCAAGUUAUUUCUUUCUUUUGUUUGUUUGUUAUUUUUGGGUUUUUUUUUGUUUUGUUUUUUUACAUUGAUUUUGCUUUCUUCCAAACUUUCUGUUCCCCUGCAGUUUUACAUUCUUUCUUUCUUUCUUUUUUACUUCUUUCUUUCUUUCUUUCUUUCUUUCUUUCUUUCUUUCUUUUUUUUUCUUUCUUUCCGUUCUUUCUUUUCCCUUAAGUUUCAAUUUCUUUCUCUCUUGUUUUCUUUUUCUGUUUAUUUUCAAAUUAUUCUUUUCUUUCUUUCUUUCUUUCUUUCUUUCUUUCUUUCUUUCUUUCUUUCUUUCUUUCUUUCUUUUCCCUUAAGUUUCUUUCUUUCUCUCUUGUUUUCUUUUUCUGUUUAUUUUCAAAUUAUUCUUUUCUUUCUUUCUUUCUUUCUUUCUUUCUUUCUUUCUUUCUUUCUUAUUGAUUUUGCUUUCUUCCGUAGUUUUUUUUUACAUCGGUUCAAGGUCUUUCUUUCUUCUUUUAUUUUCCAUUCGUAUCACCAAUUUCUCCACCAGAGUUUAUAUUUAUUUCUGUCCACCUUAGACAUCCUUUAUUUAAUAUCCUCCACCCGUCUUGCUAUCAAAAGUCCAUUCUUCUUUCUAUUCGCAAUUCGUUCUCAAAGCAUAAUCAUUUUUCUUUCAUGGUCUUCCUAUUUGUCGUCUCUUAUUACAUAUGAAGUCUCUCCCGAUGCUAUUUCAUCAAUAUCUUUCUCUUCCUGA